GUUAUGGUGGGUGCAGAAACGGACUUUUGGCCUCCUCUGGUGCUGCAUGCUGUGGAGGACUGGGCCACUAUGGCUGCGGGGGUUCUACACCCCCAGCGCAGAUCCGUGCCAAGUUAGCCUUGUCGCAGUUCCUCUACUGCACAGUGAGAAGAAAAAACACAGACAGAGGGAGAGAAAAACAGGAACUAACAAGGAAAGCCAGAAGAAUCUGAGUAACAUAUUGUGUCAUGAUUAUCAAGCGUGAAUCCAGACUCACAGGCUGGAAAAUUACCUUCAGGUCAUCAGAAAACAUUCCAGAUAAAAUUCAUCGGCUUCUACAAUCCUGGUUUGCUGAUCAACAAAACGGAAAGAUCUCUGAGUUCUGAAAGUUCACUAUGGCAGACAACAAGACUACAGGAGAGUCUGGUUACAAUCCUGAGAAAGACGAUUUAGAAUGGGGUUAUGAUCAAGGUGUGGAGUGGGGUCUACUGUUUCCCCAGGCCAAUGGCGAAUACCAGUCCCCCAUCAACCUCAACUCGCGUGAGGCCUUGUAUGACCCAGUGCUGCUGGAGGUCAAACUGGAGCCCAGCUACGUGGCAUGUCGGGACUGUGAGGUCAUCAAUGAUGGACGCACCGUGCACAUCCUGCCGAAAUCAAAGUCAGUGGUGACGGGGGGACCCCUGCCCAGGCAGCAGGAGUUUAAGCUGCAUGAGGUGUGCUUUCACUGGGGCAGGGAGAACCAGCGCGGCUCCGAGCACACCGUUAACUUCAAGGCCUUUCCCAUGGAGCUCCAUCUGAUUCACUGGAACUCGACCAUAUACAGCAGCAUCGAUGAGGCCGUGGGCAGGAGGCAGGGAAUCGUCAUCAUUGCUCUGUUUGUGCAGAUAGGUCAAGAGCAUUUGGGUCUGAGAGCAGUCACAGACAUCCUGCCGGACCUGCAGUACAAGGGCAAGACAAAGACAAUCCACUUCCUCAACCCUAACACGCUGCUCCCUGAUCCCAACCUUCGAGAUUACUGGGUCUAUGAGGGCUCUCUUACCAUGCCUCCCUGCAGUGAGAAUGUCACCUGGGUACUAUAUCGCUACCCACUCACUGUCUCCCAGCAACAGAUGGAUGAAUUCCGGCGUCUGCGGACCCACAGGAAGGGGGAGGAGCCUUUCGAGGGCAGCGACAGUCUCCUAGGAGACAACUUUCGCCCAACGCAGCCACUUAGCGACCGGGUUGUCAGGGCCUCUUUCCGCUAGAGCCUUUGGCAAUGAGACCUCCACGGACAAUCGGGGCGAGACUGCAAUUCAUCUGUAAGAACUUGGCCCCAGCUGCUCCCAGUGUCGGGUUAGGAUGGAAAUACACGUGAAAUGAUCCACCGCGAAAGAAGACGUUGGCUUUUCCUUCGUGUGUGGAGAGUGGCACUGAUGUGUCAUUCCCAGAGUAUUUUAUUACAUCAUAAAAUGGCCAGUUAUUCCAACUGGUUUCCAUGGAGCUGAGCCAAACCUGAAAAUAGUGCUCUUAUGAAGGCUACCCAGUUCAACAUGUCAUGAAGCAGACUUAAGAAAAGUGGACAUAAAAUAGUCAUCUGAUCAAGAAAUAAUAUAAACACUGACAAACUACUCCUCCCACUGCUGAUGUAGAAGUUACCAGAAAACAGAGGGGCGUUUACUCAGUGGGUGUCCCCCUAAUUUGCCAAGGAAAGUGGAUCCUUAAUUUUGCUGGGUGCCCUUUUCAUUGGGAAGCUGGCAGCGUUGCAGAAUCGCCGCAGCACCGUUUGGCCUUCCGACCACGUGGCUCCUUCUCUCCACAGUGUCUCCAAGCAACAGGAGAAAGCAUUGUUUAGUGUGCCUCUUUUUAAAAUGAGCAGCCAAAACGCCUUACAUUCAGGCCGGGUGCUUGUGGAGAGGUGGUAGGACAGUAUUUCCUUUCCAACAGGCACGUGAGUGGGCUCCCUGCCAGCCCUGAGGGGUCCUUGGGUGGCCUAACCCAAGAAAAAGUGAAGGGAGAGAGAGAGAAAGAGAAGAGGUUCACAGCUGGCCAUGCUGGACUUUGUCCUGCCACAUUCGGGGAGCUCAGGCAGUAAGCGAGCCAGUUUUGAAGGGCAGUAAGGUACCGUGACUUCUCUGUAAGUUUUAUUUAGCUUUCAGUCAGUUUCUGACUUGUAGCCCUAGAUUUGACUGAUCCAAAGAACUUCAACUAAGCAAGUUCAAGUUAGACUGUGUCUCCAUAGUCCACAGUAGCUCCAUCCCUGCCCAAAAGAUGAUGUUUUCUUUAGCUUGUUCUCUCCUGCUCCAUCCACAUCACUGCCGGCCACACCCGAGCAUUCCACAGAGCCUCUCCACCCACGCAUUCCACAGAGCCUCUCCACCCGAGCAUUCCACAGAGCCUCUCUACCCAAGCAUUCCACAGAGCCUCUCCACCCAUGGGCUUGCUUAUUUACAGUCUUGCUUUCCUUCAGAAACAUGAACACUGGCGCUAAAAGAAUUUCCCAGGGCUAAACACGUUAGCGUAAUAUAAAUUGUGUGAUUAAUCCAAUCAACAGCUUUCUUAAGGUUAAUUAUUUAUGGGCUCAGCUGGAGUGCAAGCAAACUUACAGGGCCAGAUCUGUGCUGUAGCUAACUGUUAGGCGCGUGUGUACAUAAACUGUGAGGAUGUAUCGGGUGGGAUUUGUAACUACCAUGGGCACAAAUAUGUUUUUGCCUUCAGUUUCACUUCCUUGAUGAUUUUGUCCCAGGUGUGGUUCACAAUUCUACCCUGCGUCGGCAAUCUCAUAGCUUGUGGGAGUUUCACUUGCACAAAAAUGUGCUGAGGCCAGAACAAAAAGUGAUUGGUUUACAGAGAUAACCAAUCAGAUUGUAGAGGAGGUGGGUCCAAGCAACCAAUUAGAUGUUUUUGUCCCGCCUCCCCUAAUUAUUUGGACCCAAUUCAUCUACAAGCUGAUUGGUUAUUUCUGUGAACCAAUCAUUUUUUGUUCUGCCCUCCGAAAAAUUUUGUGUAAGUAAAACUCCCUUCAGCAUACUCAUAAAAGAGGUUUGGAACCUUGACUGUUAAUUUACUUCUGCUUACUGACCAGCAGGGGGCAGCACAUUCCACAGACGGUCAGAAUGCGCUUCCAUUGGCUGUAGGUCUUUACCUGAUCGCGAAGGCAGAGAGCCCCAGCAUAAUUCACUGAACACUAGAGAGAGAGAGACUUUCACUAGUUAUGGGGAAAAAAUUGUAAAAUAUUAGUGGACCACAGUUCUCCGCGUGUAAAGUCUGUGACUGAAUUUCAGCUCUAACAAGUCGCUUGUAACAGUGAGCUCAUCACUGACUUGCUGUGGAACAUUUGGUGUUUCAUAAAAUCAUAGCUUAGUAUGAACACAUUGAAAGUUAGAACAUUCACCCUGUAACUGUUGACAUCCGAAUAACACUGAAUAAAUAUUAACAUUGCUAUGUGUUUACA